GGUGUGGAGUUUUUCGAUGAGAAACUGAACUCGCUCUGCAUGGCCUGGCUGGUCGACCACGUUUACGCCAUCCGCGAGGCGGCCACCAGUAACCUGCGCAAACUGGUGGAGCGCUUCGGGCAGGACUGGGCCCAGGGCACCAUCGUCCCCAAGGUCCUGGCCAUGGCGGCCGACCCCAACUACCUGCACCGCAUGACCACGCUGUUCUGCGUCAACGUGCUGGCCGAGGCCUGUGGGUCAGAGGUCACGCGGGGUCAGCUCCUCCCCGCGGUUCUGCGCAUGGCGGGGGGCCCCGUGGCCAACGUCCGCUUCAAC